CCUUGCGCGGGGGUGAACUGUGGUUUCCUCAGCUGCCAACAACUCGAACAAACGACAACAAAAUGGCUGAAAAGCAGUUGAAUCCAAGCACAUGCUACAACCUUUCCUUCUUUAAGGAAAUCAUGAAGGAGUUACGCCGCGUCGACGACAACAUCAUUCCUCGAAUGAACUCGACUGACACGCAUUCCGAAAAGGCUUGCGGCGAGUUCUUUAGUCAACUUGCACAGUCGUAUCGUAAACGCGAAAACGCCGUGGACUAUUGUCUCAAGGUCAUGGACGAGCAAAUAGAGAAGAAGACCAAACUGUUAGAGGAGGACCCCGAUGAUUACGAGACGAAGUCAAGUUUGUUUAGUGACGAGACCAAGCGUCGUAUGAUCGCCAAUGAACUUGUGGUCGAGGAUAUCGUACGCGCACGGUCCCUGCAAGUGUUUAAGACAAAGUGUAAAGUAUUCGACACCUCCUCACUUGAAGUCAAGCCAUAGAACAGAGAAUUUGAAUAAACCAAUUCUUUUUUGUAAGAAUAAAAAGAAGAGAAAAAGCAACAGUAAUUGU